AUGCCCAGCCUUCCCUCUUUUCCCGGCCUUGUACUGACAACGUUUAGAUGUGCAUCAGCCUACAAUCAAAUCCGAACUUCUUGCUUGGCUGAUGAGAGUUCUACUUUUACUACUACUACUACUACUACUACUACUACUACUACUACUACUACUACUACUACUACUACUACUACUACUACUACUACUACUACUACUACUACUACUACUACUACUACUACUACUACUACUACUACUACUACUACUACUACUACUACUACUACUACUACUACUACUACUACUACUACUACUACUACUACUACUACUACUACUACUACUACUACUACUACUACUACUACUACUACUACUACUACUACUACUACUACUACUACUACUACUACUACUACUACUACUACUACUACUACUACUACUACUACUACUACUACUACUACUACUACUACUACUACUACUACUACUACUACUACUACUACUACUACUACUACUACUACUACUACUACUACUACUACUACUACUACUACUACUACUACUACUACUACUACUACUACUACUACUACUACUACUACUACUACUACUACUACUACUACUACUACUACUACUACUACUACUACUACUACUACUACUACUACUACUACUACUACUACUACUACUACUACUACUACUACUACUACUACUACUACUACUACUACUACUACUACUACUACUACUACUACUACUACUACUACUACUACUACUACUACUACUACUACUACUACUACUACUACUACUACUACUACUACUACUACUACUACUACUACUACUACUACUACUACUACUACUACUACUACUACUACUACUACUACUACUACUACUACUACUACUACUACUACUACUACUACUACUACUACUACUACUACUACUACUACUACUACUACUACUACUACUACUACUACUACUACUACUACUACUACUACUACUACUACUACUACUACUACUACUACUACUACUACUACUACUACUACUACUACUACUACUACUACUACUACUACUACUACUACUACUACUACUACUACUACUACUACUACUACUACUACUACUACUACUACUACUACUACUACUACUACUACUACUACUACUACUACUACUACUACUACUACUACUACUACUACUACUACUACUACUACUACUACUACUACUACUACUACUACUACUACUACUACUACUACUACUACUACUACUACUACUACUACUACUACUACUACUACUACUACUACUACUACUACUACUACUACUACUACUACUACUACUACUACUACUACUACUACUACUACUACUACUACUACUACUACUACUACUACUACUACUACUACUACUACUACUACUACUACUACUACUACUACUACUACUACUACUACUACUACUACUACUACUACUACUACUACUACUACUACUACUACUGUAACAGCGAAGACAAGGGCCAGGCAACAGAUCGUUUAUUAA